UGCACUGUAUUUUGGGAGGACGUGUAGCUCCGCGCUGGGACUGGUUCUUUUGCAGCCAUUUUCUGUCCAACCAACGGCCGUUUUGAGAAGAUGGAAGAAGACCGUUCCACCACCGACGCCUCCCAGCUAACGUUAGGCAUAUCUGGCGAAUACAUGUCAGGAGGAUAUGUACUCCAGUCUCAAGAUGAUGAUGGAGAGGAGAGUCUGAACGACCAUGAAGACGGGGGCAUGAAAGAGAAUUUCCGGGAGCAGGACAUCUACCUCCCCAUCGCUAACGUGGCACGCAUCAUGAAGAACGGCAUCCCACAGACCGGGAAGGUAACCAUGAUAGCGAAAGACGCCAAGGAGUGUGUGCAGGAGUGUGUGAGCGAGUUCAUCAGCUUCAUCACGUCGGAGGCCAGUGAGCGCUGCCACCAAGAGAAAAGGAAGACCAUCAACGGAGAGGACAUCCUGUUUGCCAUGUCAACCCUGGGCUUCGACAUGUACGUGGAGCCCCUCAAACUCUACCUGCAGAAGUUCAGAGAGGCGAUGAAGGGGGAGAAGGGAAUCCCAGGUGUGUCGGUGGGAGAAGGCCUGGGGGAGGAGCUUACAGACGACAGCUUCACGAAUCAACUGCCAGCCGGAAUAAUAACAGCCGACGGCCAACAGCAGAACGUCAUGGUGUACACCACCUCAUAUCAACAGAUUCCUGGCGUGCAGCAGAUCCAGUUCUCAUGACGAGACCUUGCUCCUGCUCUGACCGCGGCGGCCAUCGACCGCACAGACACAGACCUGGUGACUGUAGGCUGAGCGUAUGACCUCACCGUCAAAGGCAAUCAUCAGAAGGACAGGAGGUCUCGGAGGGGGGCUGUUAUGGGGG